AUGGCACUCACUGGAAAGGUCGUGAUUAUUACUGGCGCAAGCAGUGGCAUUGGGCGUGCUACUGCGCUGAAAGCCGCAAGCUCAGGUGCUCAUUUAGCCUUAGGCGACAUCAACACUAAUGGCCUGCAAGACGUUCUAGAAGAAUGCAACGCAGUCAAGGCAGCCGAUGCCAGUCACCAAAUCUUUGCGUUUGACGUUAGCGACUCUACACAAUGUAACCAAUCGAUUGAAGCAGUUGUUGCUCAUUUUGGUAAAAUCGAUCAUCUCUUCAAUUGCGCGGGAAUAAACCCCACCUCUAUCGCGACCGAAGACGUGUCGGAUGAAACAUGGGACAAACUCAUCAACACCAAUCUGCGAGGAGUCUUCAGCAUGACUCGUGGGUGUCUACCUCACAUGAAAUCUGGUUCCUCGAUUGUCAAUGUCUCUUCCGUGUGUGGCAAUUACCCCGUGGCCCAUUUUGCGGUAUAUUGCGCGGCAAAAUAUGGAGUGGUCGGAUUCUCAAAGAGUGUCGCAUUGGAGGUUGGGUCCAAGGGUGUUCGGGUCAAUAUCGUUGCUCCUGGAGCAAUCGAAACACCUACCAACUCAGCCGUGCGUGGUGGCGCCGCCGCAUUAAAGCAUGCUGCUGACGAGUCGGGCUUGAAGAGAAUCGGUCGCCCUGAUGAAGUCGCUAACGUUGUGCUUUUUCUUUUCUCCGACCAAAGCAGCUACAUGAAUGGCGCUGUUCUUGACAUUGAUGGGGGGCUUGGAAUAUGGUCAUAA